AGGGGAGGGUUAGAGGAAGGACGGCGGACUCAGGCCGAGGGCUUCACAGUGGAGGCUGGUGCGCCGUCAGGCACUCUCCGUGCUCCACCGGGAGUCUCCGUACUCAGAGCUCAGUAAUGGCCCGGGGGCGGGGCGCAGCCCUCCCCCGUUUUCAGAGGUAGCCGAGAUCCUCACCCAGGAGGUGUCAGCCCAGGCCCAGCCUCCCCAGAGACAGCACGCGGAGCCACAUCUCUCUCCUCACCCUGCUUGGACCCUGCACAGGAGGUCUUAGGCCUUCCCAGGCUGCCCUUCAUUUAGGAACUUGACAUCUUUGGGACUUCAUCUGGGAGAAGACCUAGAUGGCUUCUGGAGCACUCUGAGAGGCUUGGGGUGAGAGGCUGUAGAUGGGGACCAGACAGUCCUCUGAGGUACCUUCGAGGGGCUGGGGGGUGACCCUGUGUAACUCUUCAGCUGGAGGCUGCCCUGGGGGAGCCCAUAGACUCAGGUAUAUGGCAUCAUCCUUCCCCUUACUCCAUUCCGUGCACUGCCCUGUCUGGCCAGCUCGGAAGAUUUGGGGGAAACUGACGAGUUGGACACUGGAUGCCUGGAUUGCCCUGAGGCACAGCUGCAGGAUGGAGUGGUGGGCUUAGGGCUGUUGAGGUCUUGCCUUCUUUUGCCCCCUCUCUUCUCGAUGGCCCUGGGCAGUUAGAGAUCAGCUGGAAGCAGCAGGGAGAGGAAGGCAUCGGCCCCCAGGGCAGGCCCUUCAGACGGGAAAUCUUAGCGGCUUGGGAAGUAGGAGGCUGGGUAGCUGUGGAGCAGAAGAGGAGAGGUAUCAGAUCUGCUGGGGCUGGGAUUCUCUAGUCAUCGGCCCCCAAAUGACUGAGGUUUGGUUUCUAGGGACUGAGUGAGGAUAACAGAAACUUGUCACUUCCUCCCUCAUUCCAGUACACCUGUUUGAGUCAUGUAUGCCCUCAGGAGACUAGAUGUCACUGAGCAAAUCUCUCUCCCCUUUUCUUCCAGUCUGUUUCUUUGUUUCACCUCUAUGUGCCUCUCCCUCUUUGGGGGAAUCUUCCUAAUCUCUCUAAAUAGCUUGCUUGCUUGCCACUCCACACCCCAGGUCUCUCUGAUCUGUCCCCAUUCUUUCAUUGCUUCUGUUGACACCUGGAGAGGUGGGGUGGUCUCAUAAGCUUCAGCACAGGAUCCCAGAGGCAAGCACCCUCUCUGUCUCUUUCUCCCCAUCAAGGCAUCCCUUCCCGAAUGGUCCUCAUCUUGAAUCCUUAAGCAGAAAGCUCCAUAUCAUUCUGUGAGUACUCAGAGACUCAGAGAGAAAGAUAAGGUCUUUCUGGGUAGGACCAUCAGGAUCAGAGUAAGGAUGGAUUAUAGUCCCUGAAGAGGGGCUUCCGUCCUACCUGAUACAUGGUGGUGGGGAGGAAGAUGGCCGUGUGACCUCUAAGUGCAUGUUAAACUGGAAGGUGGGAACUGUUUACUGUAAAGCAAAAGGGACACUGAGGGGCCCACUCUACUUUCCCAGGAUCUGUCCAGUUUCUGUGUCCUCUGUGAUGUUCUGUUUGAUCCAAUUCUGACUACACCCUCCUCCCUGAUCUAUAUCGCUAGCUGCCAGUCCCUGUCCUCCAGUCCCAACCUUAGAAAGGUAGGCUCCUAAGACCCAGAGGGGCCUAUGUCUGGUAUAUAGACCACCACCAAUCACUGAGUCUUUAGGGAAAAACAUACUACUCCCCUUUGGCCUGGUAUGAACUUGCCACGGCACCAGGCAGGUGGUUGGAGCUGAUCCAGAGAUUCUCAUCUACUCCCUCUUCCCUGAGCUCUUGCCCCCCCGAGGGACCCUUCUGGAUUCUCAUUUUCUUAUCCCACAGGUGCAGGACAGAUUGAGCUCCUGGUCUUCAUGAGAAGGGGCUGAUAUCUAGUCUCCGAGACCAGAGUAGCCUAGGACCCAGCCUUGCCUGGGUCAUGGGUUUGAAAGCUAGGAGAAGUCUGGAGACUAUUUGCCAGGCUCUUUUCUGGCUUUGUGUUCUUUCCUGUAAAUACAUAUGGCUGGACUAGUUUAGCAUUUCUCAAGUGGGGUGGGCUGCUGGCAUCAGAAACACUAGGGCACUUGUUAAAAUGCUGAUUGCUGGGUACCUGCACCUAUGAAUUCAAUUCAGUAGGUCCGGGAUGGCUUGCAGGAAGGAGCCCAUGUUUUUACAAGUACGAUGGAUGAAUGCAGUGCAGUGCACGGUCAAGUUUGUGGCUGUCUGAGCUAGAUGCCAGAUACUGCCUCUCACAGCAAAGAGCUUCUCCAGUCCUUCUCCAGUCUCCGUUUAAUGGAAGAAACUGAAUGGGGAAGUGAUUUGCCCAAAGUCACACAUUUAGAAGGCCACAGAACCUGGUCUCCUGCCUCCUAGGGCAGGAUCUUUGAACUGCACCUAAGAGUCAGAUCCAGGAAGAUACAAGAAGGGAGAAAGUGGGGUGAGGGUGAGGGGGCAGAGGGGGAUGUGAAGGACUAUGAGGCAAGAAUCAUCGCCCCUGCCCCCUAAACCCCUUCUCCAUUCACUUUGCCUUUGGGCAAUUUCCUCCAGAACCUGGGUGGGGGAGGGUGGGGUUCCGGUGUUGAAAUGGCAUCCUGGACAGACAUAAACACCCCACCCACUUUGCCCACUGGCCAAGGUCCUGUGCCUACACCAGCUCCCAGCUCCGGGGAUGGCAAUAUAACAAAGAGGUUGCUGGGGCCUUUUGGGUUUUGGGAACCCUGGAUCAGGCCCUGGCCCAGUAGGAUGCCCCCGUGUCCUCCCCAGCAGAGCAGGAACAGGGGGACACAGUUGCCCACUCUGGAACUGGGAGAGAUGGAACUGACUUGGCAAGAGAUCAUGUCCAUCACUGAGCUGCAGGGUCUAAAUGCUCCAAGUGAGACACCGUUUGAGCCCCCUGCCCUGGCCCCAUACCCUGGGCCUCCACCGCCCCCAACUUACUGCCCCUGCUCGAUCCACCCAGAUGCCGGCUUCCCUCUUGCUCCGCCACCCUAUGAGCUCCCAGCACCCACAUCUCAUGCCCCAGACCCCUCGUACUCCUAUGGCAACAUGGCUAUACCAGUCUCCAAGCCUCUGACUCUCUCCAGCCUGCUCAGUGAGCCCCUCUCAGAUCCUUUGGCUCUCCUGGACAUUGGGCUGCCAGCGGGGCCCCCCAAACCUCAAGAAGACCCAGAAUCUGACUCAGGAUUAUCCCUUAACUAUAGUGAUGCUGAAUCUCUUGAGCUGGAGGGGACGGAAGCUGGCCGGCGGCGUAGCGAGUAUGUAGAGAUGUACCCAGUGGAAUACCCCUACUCACUUAUGCCCAACUCCUUAGCCCAUCCCAACUAUGCCUUGCCACCUGUGGAGACCCCCUUAGCCUUAGAACCCUCCUCAGGCCCUGUGCGGGCCAAGUCCACUGCACGGGGGGAGGCGGGGAGUCGGGAUGAGCGUAGGGCCCUGGCCAUGAAGAUCCCCUUCCCAACGGACAAGAUCGUCAACUUGCCGGUAGAUGACUUUAAUGAGCUGUUGGCACGGUACCCACUGACGGAGAGCCAGCUGGCAUUGGUCAGGGACAUCCGACGGCGGGGUAAAAACAAGGUGGCCGCCCAGAACUGUCGCAAGAGGAAGCUGGAGACCAUCGUGCAAUUGGAGCGGGAACUGGAGCGGCUGGGGAGCGAGCGGGAGCGACUUCUCCGGGCCAGAGGGGAGGCCGAUCGGACCCUGGAGGUCAUGCGCCAACAGCUGACAGAGCUGUACUGUGACAUUUUCCAGCACCUGCGGGAUGAAGCAGGCAACAGCUACUCCCCUGAAGAGUAUGCUCUGCAACAGGCCGCUGAUGGCGCCAUCUUCCUAGUGCCCCGGGGGACCAAGAUGGAGGCCACAGACUGAGCUGGCCCAAGGGGUGGGACUGUGAUGGAGAUUUGCUUUAUUCCCUUCUGAUAAAGGUACUCCCCAAUCCCGAGGCCCCGAAGGAACUGGGUUCUCUAGGCCAGAAGGGGACAGUGGGAAACCUGGCAUUUGGAGGGUCCACAGCGUAUUCAGUGAGGCUUGCCUUGAGACAAGCAUGUGAGGGGAGGGCUGGGAUCUCUUUCCCGUGAUUUGGCUUCCCAGGGCUCCAACUUCCUCCUCUUGUUUGAGCUUUGAUAUAUAAAGCGCUCUACACUAAUAGCCUUCCACACUGUGUCUUCCUUCUUGAGAGAGGGUGAUGAGCUGAGUACUCCGAGUUCACUGCUUGGUGGUGGUGGGGAGGGAAUCUUGCCAGGAUUGUUCCUUUCCCCUACAGCUCUGUAUGAGAGAGGUACACAGGAAAUGUGGUUUUGAGCAGUGUGGAGAUCUACCCCCUUCAUCUUCUUUAGAGCCAGGAGCGGUGGAUGAUAUGAGGAACCCCAACCUCCCUGGUGGCCCACUAUUUAUGGAGCUGAGAUUGUGGCCAAAACUGGCUAUACCUACUGUGCAAGGUCUCUGAAGUUUAGACCUCUUCUUUCUCAAUCUUUGGAGCACAGAAAAGCUUCAAAUGCCCACAGGACUUUUUCUCGCUCUCUCCCUCCUGUCUUCUGUAUGACUUCCUUAUUGUGAUGUAUCAGAGCUCUUUCAGAAGAUUGAGAUGCUCUUGGUUGGAACGAGAGAAUUUGAUUGGACAUCAGUUUCAAGGGACUUCAUACCCAAGUCUGGGCAAAACUUGCUUCAUGGUGAAGUGGGAUAUGCAUUUUCUCUCUCUCUGGUUAUGUUAGACACACUACCCAGUUGUUUUGGGGCCUCCCUUUUCUAGACCCUCAAAGAUCUAGGGCUUAUUAUUAUUUUGUUCUUGAAGCAGAACACGAUUAAGUUUCAGAAUCCAGUGCACCUGCUUGGCUCAGUUCAUUAAGCAAUCUGACUCUGGA